CAUGGGAGUUUGUAAAUCAAAGGAAAACUCAGAAGUUGCAGGGGGUGUCUUCAGCAUCAUCCCUUUGGUUGCAGGGGUCAGCACCAGGCUAGAACUGUUGACUGAUCUUAUGGCAAAAGUCUGAGAAGGAGCCAGUGACAAAUUUUCUUCUAGGCAUCAGGGAAAACCGUCAUUAUUCAGGGAAGGAAGCUAGCCUGAGCUAGCCUCAUUUCACAUAUGUCAGGGCAAAGCAUCUCAUCUGGACUCAGGCUUGAAGAGCUGGGUCAGGGAUUUAACUUUUUUCCAUUUGGCAUGAAGUCAUAGAAUCAGCUGGGUUGGAAUCUGAGAUGUUGCUGAGACAAAUGGUGAAGAAAUGUCUUUUGGCUGUAUUACACCCUUUCCUUGUAAGAUUUUGCUUGGCUUGUGUAAUGGCUUGGAUAGCAAAAGGGCAGGCAGAGGAGCAAUAGUGCUACUCCAGAAAUUAUUUGGAAUUAAAAAAUCCUAUAGAUGCAUUAUGGGAUUAUUGAACUUGAAUCAAGUAAAAGUAAAUAGGGCUUUUCUUCUGAUGUGUUCAGGGUUUUGCCUGUUAUCAGUUUAAGCUUCCCUGGUUUAAAUUAUUUAAAGACUUCCCUUCAUAAAUUUAGACCAGGAUUUUCCUGAAACUCUAGUAGUGAGAUUUGUAGAGCUCAGGUCCUGCUUGAUGACAUAUUAAUACAAGCUCGGCUGAAGGUAUUAAUUACAAUUCUUACCUCAUAUCCCCUAGUGUAACUAGUGCGAUUUUCUCAAAGUGUAAGUUAUUAAUAUCAAACCCAUGGAACAAGAUAAUCCUGGAAAGAGAUCUGAAUGAUUUUGAAUGAUAUCUCUUGUUUAAAAAGUAGUAUGAUGUACUAUGUCAAUGUGUUCUGUUCUUACCCAGCUUGUGUCAGUAUUACACAUUUGGAGGAGAUGAGAGUUCAUAAAUCAGGCUUCCAAAGGUUUCCUGACAAGAUCUUCUAAGAGAUGGUUCAUGCAAUGAAAGGUGUUACCUGAGGUUGCAUCAGCUGCCAGAACUCUGAAAUGCGAGGAUCAAAACCAGGCAAAAAUGUCCAACUUCAAGAGAAUGAAAUCAGAGGAUUGUGCUUGAAAUCCAGAGAAAUCUUUCUGAGUCAGCCUAUUCUACUAGAACUUGAAGCUCCGCUGAAAAUAUGUGGUGACAUCCAUGGACAGUACUAUGACUUGCUUCGACUCUUUGAAUAUGGAGGUUUUCCACCAGAAAGCAACUACCUGUUCCUUGGUGAUUAUGUUGACAGAGGAAAACAAUCUUUAGAAACCAUUUGUCUUCUAUUGGCCUACAAAAUUAAAUACCCAGAGAAUUUUUUCCUUCUCAGAGGAAACCAUGAAUGUGCCAGCAUCAAUAGAAUUUAUGGGUUUUACGAUGAAUGUAAGAGAAGAUACAAUAUUAAGCUGUGGAAAACUUUCACAGAUUGUUUUAACUGUUUACCAAUUGCAGCUAUUGUGGAUGAGAAAAUAUUCUGCUGUCAUGGGGGCCUGUCACCAGACCUUCAGUCAAUGGAACAGAUCAGACGAAUCAUGCGCCCCACUGAUGUACCAGAUCAAGGUCUACUCUGUGAUCUCCUGUGGUCUGACCCUGACAAGGAUGUCUUGGGGUGGGGUGAAAACGACAGAGGAGUGUCCUUCACUUUUGGUGCUGAAGUGGUUGCUAAAUUUCUCCAUAAACAUGACUUGGAUCUCAUAUGUAGAGCUCAUCAGGUGGUUGAAGAUGGAUAUGAGUUUUUUGCAAAAAGACAAUUGGUAACUCUCUUCUCUGCCCCGAAUUACUGUGGAGAAUUUGAUAAUGCGGGUGCCAUGAUGAGUGUGGACGAAACUCUAAUGUGCUCUUUUCAGAUUUUGAAACCUGCAGAGAAAAAGAAGCCCAAUUCCAGCCGACCCGUAACGCCUCCCCGGGGCAUGAUCACAAAACAGGCAAAGAAAUAGUCACUUUGGCUCUGCCUUGCUGGGACUUGUACCAUAGUAUAUAACCUCCAUUUUUAACACUGUCAUGUGUACUGUUCAGCUUGCUCAAAAUAGAUAACGUGUUUGUGGUUUUCCUUUUGAUUUGAUGAAUGGCAUUUGCUGGUUGUAGCAGCGAAUGAAAGACUUCCUUUUUCUCCCUCCCAGGAAGAGAGUUUUAAACUUUCCUUUCGCUGGUGUUACAGCCGCGCUCCACAGUGUCCCACGUUCGGGGUAAUCCUGCAGCCGACUUCCUGACCUGUACAAUGAGUAGUGUAAAUGCUUGUUUUCUUCUGUAGGAUCUAAAGAGGGCACUGGUGUGCUGUGAGAGUAGAGAUUUGUUACUGUCAGAAAUUACAUACUGUUUAUACAGACCACUGUGAACUUUUUUUUUUUUACAUUAAGUUUUGUUUUAAAGGGAUUUUUCUUUUAAUGUCGUGUCACGUACAUGUUUGUUUUAUCGCUGUCGACAUUAGAAAUAACCUUCAGCCUCACCAGCCUCGCUGGGAUGAUGUAUAUUUAAUUCAGACACUCCUCCCCUCUCCGUACACUUCCAAUGACAAUUAAAGCCAUCAUUUUAAGUGUUUGUGUCUCUUUCCUGAAGCCAAAGUUCGCUUUGCCCGUGACCCACCGCGCCGAGCUGGCAGGGCUCUCCUCCCGUCCCGCCUUCCUCUUGGAGACGGAAGGAAGUGCUGACUCGAAAUAGCAAGUAGAAACGCUGUGCUGUUGAUCCUGCUGUGCUCACAGUGAACACGUUUUUGUACAGUUCCCGUGUGGUCGAUCGAGUGGAGCGUUUUCCAGCGGCGGCCGUGUCGGACGGACGGGAGCUACGGAGGUGGCUCUGGAUCCACCGGAACAGGGUUUGUGCAUUUUAGCCUAAAGACUUUGUUCUACAAAUGUAGACAAUGGCUUGGGAAGCCUACCAGGGGCGUCGAUCUCGAUCUCCGGUUUCUAUGAAUCUCUCACAGAAUCUUGUUUUUUAAAUACUGUUAAUCUUUUUUGAACGGAUAACAGUGUACAAUACCAUGUAGUGAAAAUCACUUAUUAAAUGAAGAAGUUGUUAAAUCUUC